AUGUUCGGCGCAUUCAAACCCACCUCGGCUCUAUCAGGAGGCCUGCUAUGGAAAAUCCCAUGGCGACUUUCAGCACCACAGAAGCUGCGCCAGCGCCGUCGCCUCCGUCGCGUCGAUAACAUCGUCUCCGUCCUCGAUAGCGCUCUCCAAAGACAGAUCCAGUCAGCACCCGCCACUACCGCCACAAAGGGGAUCGGCGCCACCCAGGCCACUACCGAAGAGCUCGCUCAAACCGCCCAGGGCCAGCGCAUGCUCAACGCAGAGGCAAACACUCCUCUCAACGACCGCAGACAUGGUAGAGGCCCGAGGCAGGGCGAGAUUCUGAGCGGAAGUUUGCCCACAGGCACUGCCACCAUGACUGGAGAUCAGGCUAGAAAGAUGGGCACCAUCAAGCUGAUCGAGCGAUGGAAGGCUGAGAUGCCCACCGAGGCCGAGAUGCUGCCAAGAGACAAGUACACCAUGUUCGACCGCAAGGAGAAGAAGUACAGAAAGGGCAUUCACAAAUUGCCCAAGUGGACCAGAGUUUCUCAACGCCUGAACCCUCCCGGUUUCUAG